AUGGCUUCUAAGACGGCAUCUCGGAAGCCCCGUGUGAGCCGGGACACCGGCUUCCCGGAGCCAUUUGAUCAAUUCAGCAAUACUACUCUCCCUCACCCAGACGCCGACCUCUCGCCAAACGCUUGUAUAACACACGACGACCUGGUUGGCGACUAUGCUCUCAAGAGAAAACGAAUGUCAUUCCUAUCCCGAAACAAGAACAGGCGAACCCUCACCCAUGGAAGCCUGGGCGCGCAAAGCGGUCUCGUCAAUAGUGUCAUGUCCCUGUCGCUAUCCCGCUCCAGCAGCAGCAGCCUUCAAGUCGGUGAAGCAGCCCCUAAGUUGACGAGUCCUUCGACAGCCAGCUUCCAGUCCAAAAGCGGCAGCGAGAGCGCGGAAUCGACCAAGAAGGAAGAUGAGACACCGCCAUCAUCGCCCGACAGUAUGAGCCACAGCCCGAAGAAGUCGCAUCGGUUCAGCAAGUGGAGGCGCUCUCGAGGUGAAGACCGGGAUUGA